AUGAGACUACAGAGAAGCUGGGGGCGGGGUGAGGAGGAGACGCUGGGGGGGUGGCUGGGGGAGGAGAACCCGGGAGGAGCAGGACCCCGAGGCGGAGGACACGCGGAUGGGCGCCAUGCUAGCCAAGGGCGGUGCGGGCCGCGCGUCAGGGCAGAUGCUGCGUCCAGGCUCCGGCGACGGGGCGGUCGUUUCCCCGCCGGCCAGGGCGCGUCCUGCCCCACUCCAGACCCCACAAGAGAGCCCCCGGAGCCGGGUCGAGCCCCCUUUAAGACGCUCCUCGGAAGCUUCGAGAGGCGCAGCUUGCGGCCGUCGGCGACGCGGGGAGUCCUGCCUGACACGCAGCCCUGCCUCUUCCGAGCAGGCAACGGAGAGGCCAUCCUUGUCAGUGGACCCCAAAGGUGGAUGAGAGACGCGUGGAGCAGACCUGGCUCAGUCUGGAGUGGUCCAGGCUGUCCUAGAUCCAGCAGCCCCAGAAAUGAGAGCGAGCCCGGCCACAGCUGCUGCAGGCCCAUGAGAGGGCCGUUUCAGCGGGCCCUCCUGCUGGAGUUCCCGGCAGCACCCUGGAUGCGUCCUCUGGUGUUUUCUGUCAGCCUGCAGACCUACACUCCCCCUCAGCCCCGGGUGUCGGGGGCGGCGUGAAGAUGAAUUUUUGGAGUGUUUUCAGGUGAGCAGGUAGAAGGUGUUCUACAAAUAUGUUAAAUUUCCUCCAUCUGCCUGAUUUAGGUUCUUAGAGGAGUCUUAUUAAAAAUGGCUUUUACCCUUUUGUCAAAGAACAUUUACAUAGAAAUUUUUUUUUUUAGUUAAGUGAUCUUGCCUCACCAAAGGCAAAAUGUGUCACCUAGCUUAUGUAAAAAAAAUAAAUUAAGGUCCUGAAUCACUCCACUAAUACUUGGGCAGAAAAACUGAACUCUGUGUGCAUCCUGGUAACUGUUAUAAUUUUCUCCAAAACUGAGUUAUCUGCCCGCAGAUGAAAUCUGCCAGCAGCCUCACUUGCUGUUACAUAUUAAUGUCACCACUGGUUGUGGGAGACGCUGCCUUCCCUUCCAGACUCACAAAAGCACAGCUUUGAUAAUUAAUCCUGAUAACACCGACACAGAGACCCAAAUACCUGACGUACUACUCCAGUGACUAGGCAGAAAGGGAAAAAAGUCUCACUUGCACAUGGUAAAAUACUAUGAAAGUGUGUAUUUUGCUGACUUUCAUGGGAGAAAACUUGUAUUUUCCUUGGCUGAUUUUCAUUUUGACUUAAAUGUUUGUUUUGAAGGCCAUACGGAACCGAACCUGAGAGAGAUUAAAUUUUGCCCCCAGUGAAAUAGCUAAAUUCAGUGGAUUUUAAUUACUUCUGUCCCCCUGGGCUUUCCCCACCCCGCUUCAUUUCUCAGACGUUCCCCACAGGUUGCAAGGAUUAAUUUGCAAGCCGGGUCCCACACUAUCCAUGAGACGAAGCAGAAUGUACGACAGGCGCGGUGACUGGGGGCCGCCCUUUGACCGAGUGGCUGAGGCGGGUUUUUUCCCAGUGUCGGCGCGGCUGGAAUGGGGGUCACCCGCGGUCACGCAGCCCCGCGGGGCCCAGGCGGCGGCUCUCUCUGCUGUCGUUAGAAUCCGUGUUUCUUGUGGAGACCGGCCACUGGGCAGCCUGUGAGGUGGGUCCUGUGACCUAUUUUCAUUCCCAGUUUGUUCAUAAGCCAUAUUUUCUUGACUCUGAGACUAACAGUAGCCCAUGGAUAUGUCUUUACAAGGCAGCUAGAACUUACCAGAAUAUAUGUUUUUAUUUUUUUAAUCCUGGCAUGAAUCCUGAGGUCUUGGAAGUCGCCCCUCCCUGCCCGCCGUGUUUUUCUAUGUUAUACUGCUUUCUCUAAUAGCUCUUUUGGCGUGCAGGGCCUAAAUGUAAAGCUUAACGCUCAACCAGGGUAAGCAGCAUUCUUAACGGGAGCUGCCUUAAUGUUGGCUUGCACAUGAAAUGGAAAUGGCUUGUGUUAUCCAUCCUUUAAAGAAUUUCUAGUGCUCAGCCUCCAUGAAAUGGAUUGCUUAUGGGGAGAUAAUGUCUGUUCUAUUCCUUUUUAAGUCUGUGAAAAAUGUCAUCCUGGUUAAUAGGGUGAUUAAAACUCUUUAUGCUCCAGGAGAUAAAUGUGAUUAUGUUUGUCAUACUCUACCCAAGAUAAAGACAGCAGAGAAGGCAAACUUGAAAUUCCAUAACAUUUCCUUUCUUCCAUAUCCAGGAACAUUCAGAACUCAGUACACAGAUGGUACUUCACAUAAAGAAUAACAUUAUCUGUUAAACAUUUUUCCUUUCCAUUAACCAAUUUAACAAUAUGCCUCUGGUAUAAAUGGAAUAGACAAAUGACUACAUCUUCUGAUAUCUGAGUUCUGACUGCAGGAAAAAACCACUUUAUUCAUAUUGCUUUUCUUUUAACUUUCAUCUUUGUUACUUUAUUUUUUGCUUUGAAAAUGCAGCCGGAGCCUCUGUUUAGUACCUGUCUUAGGGAAUCUGUCCCCAUCAACCGUUCUGCAUCAUCACUUAUGGGAGUCCCCCGCCACCCCUCAAGGACAAGAGACGCAUAUGGAAAGGGCUUUGUAAACAUCAGGCAUGUAAACGUUCAUUGCUUUAGGCCUCCAGCGCACACCCACCAGCCACCCAGGCUGAGACUCUUAACAGGGACAAAACCUGCUCAGUUUUCCUCCGGACUUUGCUUCCCUCAUUUCAUUCAAACACUAGAGAUAUUUUGUUGCAGAGAUUUAGUUAAGAAUGAAAGGUGGGUGAAGAGUUUUUGCUACUUUACAUACCCUGAUGAAUCCCAGACGCUGAUUACACCUGUUUAAUUAACAAUACCGCAAUUUUAACAGGGUAAGAUAGUCCAGAGAAAAAUGUUAAUUAUGCACUUGACAUUUCAUUUAAAACUUUUCCUUAAAAC